AGUGAUAGAGUAAAACCCUCUUUCUUCCUCGCUCCGGCGCUCCUAAGCAAGUGAAGCGCCCGCCUUCGCCUUUGCGCUCGUCUCAAUCCGACCGGCGAAGAGAAGCCUGAAACGAGGGUCGCUUCGAGAGCCCUUUUCACCCAUCGGGCAGAACCCGCGGAUAUCGCGAGAAAAAUCGUUGCUUUAUUCGAAUUUCGUUUCAUUUUUGGCCGACAACACAGAAGAUGGCGGAAUCGGAAGCCGGAUCUGCGGGAGCAACGGAGACGUCCCUGAAAGACAAGGGCAACGAGUUCUUCAAAGCGGGGAACUACCUCAAGGCAGCUGCGCUCUACACUCAGGCCAUCAAGCAAGAUCCUCAGAACCCCGCUCUGUACAGCAACCGAGCUGCUGCCUUCCUGCAUUUGGUCAAGCUCGGUAAAGCACUAGCUGAUGCUGAGACAACAAUCACGUUGAAUCCCCAGUGGGAGAAGGGCUAUUUCAGAAAAGGAUGUGUAUUGGAGUCAAUGGAACGAUAUGAUGAGGCCUUAGCUGCCUUCGAGACUGCCAUGCAAUAUAAUCCACAAAGUUCGGAAGUAACAAAGAAGAUUAAGAGGUUGAACCAGUUGGUCAGAGAUAAGAAGCGGGAUCGGGAGGUUGAGAAUUUGAGAUCCAAUGUUCAGAUGGCGAAGCACUUAGAACCACUAAAGUCCGAACUGUCUGGGAAGUAUGGCCAGAAAGAAGGAUGGGAAGAUGUACUGUCAUUUGUCGUUGAGACAUUGGAAACAGCAGUUAAAUCAUGGCAUGACACUUCUAAGGUUGACCCUAGAGUUUAUUUCCUCCUCGAUAAAGAAAAGACAGACACUGAGAAAUAUGCUCCUGUUGUUAAUAUUGAUAAGGCAUUUGAAUCACCUCAUACCCACAGCAGUUGUUUUCCAUUUCUUAGACAAUAUUCUGAGGAUUCGUUCUCCAAAGCAGCUUGCUUAGUUGCUCCCAAAAGCAUUAUUUCUUACCCUCAGGUCUGGAAAGGCCAAGGUUCAAGGAAGUGGAAACAUGGGCAAAAUGAUGGGUUCUUUGUCCAAUUUGAAUGUCCAUCCAGUCGGAAAUUAUGGUUUAUCCCUAGUUCUACCGAAAGAGGAAAGAUAUUGUGCAGGGAUCCUGUGGAAUUGGACAUCAGUGCACAUGAACUUAUUCCACGUCUGUUCAGAGGGAAACAAUCCAGUUCUGAGAAGUAGUGCCAAGUGUAGCUGCUUGGGCUUUAUCUAAGGAACACAUCGGCUGAUUGGAAGAAUGAGCCAUGAACAGUGAGCCUUGAUAUGAUGUGACCCAGUUUCGGAUUUGGUGAAUGCCUGUGAUACUGUGCUAAGCCCAUGCACCUCCUUCUGUUGUCUUGUGGGUUUUGCUUGAUUUUUUCUGAGGCUGCAUUUCAUUGUCACUCUCAUGAUUGCUUUUCAUGUUAAGCCCUUUGAUUUUAAGCUCGCUUACGAUGGUGAUGGGCAGUGUGAGGACUUUCUUCAUAGCUGCAAGUGGUCUUGAGGUCACCUUGAAGCUGCUAAUUUCCACAAUUUUUGUAGAAAAGCUAAAAACCUUUUUAAAUCUAGGGUUCUCAUUUGGUUUUUGAUACUCCAGUUAUUACUUGGUUUUUGUAAGUUUGCCAUGUAUUUAUGACAAUACAUAUGAUGUUGGAAGUUGGUUUCUGGAGUUGUUCAUGACCGCGAGGAAGAAUAUCUCAAGUACUAGAUUGUUCUUUUUC